GCACACUUUCUAGAGGGCUUGAAAGACCGAAUCGCUAGAAAGGUAAACCCACACGUAUAUCAUGACUUGAGACAUCUUGUGCAUACGACAAUUCAAGUAGAGCGACAAAUGAACAAGAAACCGUCAAAGAAUGGGUGCCAACGAAUGCCAACGCCAACGCUUAUACACAGAAACUUUUCCGAUAUCGGAGACCCAAUCAAGGCGCAAAAUCUUGAUGCUAGAAAGGACGAAACUAUCUUAUAUACAAGAGAAGUCCACACACGAGGUGAGCAUCAAGGAUAACGGGGUAUAUAACUCAAUCGCGAUGGCUGUGGGGAGACACCUUGAGGAAGAUUUCGAAGCUCCAUCCGACAAGGAGAACAAGAGCGUGACCGAAAAGAAAGAAACGGUCGAGAACCCUGGUUUUGUGAGGGAAACAAAACCCAAAAGUUUGGAAAAUGUGAAUGAAGAGCGGCAAAAUGCCAAGGAUGAAUGCAUACGAGCACAAACACCUACACGCAACAACCUUGUCAAAAACAAAGACCAAGGCAAGGCGACCGAUCUUAAUGCCCGAGAGGAGGAAACCAUCGUGAUUCUAAAAGGAGUCACCUCAUUAGGUAACGAAACGUUUUCCUCAUGUACUAAUCAAACUCGUGAGGGCAUGUAUCACAUGUGUAGGAACCAAUGUCACGUGGCAUGUCAUUGUCCCAACCAACGAAAGAAUCUCAUCAAGGAUGGCGGGACAUACAAGGCUGAUGUAAGGAACCUUGAAGAUGAAUCCGAUGUUACAUCCAAAGCGGUAACCGAACAUGUAACCAAAGAAAAAGAAACGAUUAAGGAUUUCGAUCUCGUGCUCAAUGAAGUACUCAAAAGUGUGAUCAAUGUCGAUGAAGAGCUACAUGGCAUCAGAAUAGAUGCUUUAGAAGUUGUUACACGAAAUGAGGAUUUAAAAAUCCUGAUCAACCCAUCGACAAAGAUAAAUGACACCUCCAACAACUGUACUUGGAUCAUAACUCAAGAACUUGGAGCAAAAACCGGUAAAUUUAUUCCUAUUUUUAUUCUUGUUUAUGAUUCAUACUUGGUUGAGAAUAUAUGGGAACAUGAAGAAAUAAUGGCAAAGUUUCAAAAGGAAUAUUCUUGCGAGCAUUUCAAGGAGCACACUAACAAAAUUGUUCCCCUAGAAGUUUAUCGAAGUUCGCAGGUUCUGAAUGUGAAGGAAGUAGGGAUUGUUACAAAGAAAGUUUUGACAUCUACCGGCCAAAUCCCAAAGAGGCCAUUCAACGACUUAAGCGAAUAUAUGCAGCUUGCCCACCUUGAUACGAGAAGCUUAUGCGGUAACAUCGUUUUACUCUUUAUUCUUGUCUAUGAUCAAGGAAUUGGUACUACAUUGCAGAUUUCGUACAUGGACGACGAGAAGUGUCCGACGAAUCCCACAUGUGUGCCUCCACGGUUCAUCAGUGCUCAAGGAGCCAAAUGCGUCUACCAUUGCACCAUGAACGCCUCAAGGCGUAACACCAUCUUAAACCCAAGGACAAUCAAGAAGGAUGAACCUUUUGAACGAGGAGAAGCGCGAGAACAAAAUCUUCAUACACUUGGCGAAUAUCUCGACAAAACCCGCAAUCAAGGUAUGAAAAAUUUGACUUACGUAUUUAACGAUGCUGACUUGGACCCGUUUGAUGUAGGUAAGCAUGUUUUGAGGACAAAACCUUCUCAAGGGGGAGGGAAUGAUGAGGACAUCGGAGCUAGCAACUUGGACGAGGACGGGAAUUUCCGGUGUAUGACCAGGAGUUCUGGGCCUGACAAACUAGUACCUCUUGACCCUGAAAUCGAGAAGUCUGCUAAGCACAAUUGA